GCUCCACCUGGCAUUUUUUCUCUCUGCCAAAGUCUCCACUAUCUCUCUCUGUAACCAAUUUCCAAUACGCGGCGAAUCUCCGCCGACUGUUCCAAAUUUCCAUGGCCGUUCCCGAAUCUCGCCUUCUUCUUCUUCUUCGUCUUCUUCUCUGUUUCUCAGCCCUCUUCCAUGGCGGAGCUUUCUCUCUGGUCAUUCCCGUCAACAAAGAUUCCGUUACUAAUCAGUAUUUGGCCACGCUCUAUCAUGGCUCUCCGAUUAAGCCUGUCCAUCUCGCCGUUGAUCUUGGCGGCCAGUUUCUCUGGAUGGCUUGUGGUGGCUCUUCCUCCAGCCGGCCGAUUCUCAGUCGGUCUAUUCAGUGCAUAGCGGCGGUUGGUGGGGGUAGAUCUGGAUCUUCUGGCAGCGCGUGUGAUGUAAUUGCUGGGAAUCCGUUUGGGGAUUUGGAAGGGAAGGCGGUGCUGGUUGAGGAUACGGUCGCCGUGAGGUCUUUGGACCGGUCAACGGCGGCGGUGAUUGUUGCGCUUCAUUCUUGUGCUCCGAGGUUUCUUUUACAAGGUUUGGCGGAGUCGGCUAAAGGAGUUUUGGGGCUUGGCCGGAAUCAAAUCUCGCUUCCGGCUCAGAUCGCGACUGAGCUCGGUUUUCACCGGCGAUUUUCCGUUUGUCUUUCGUCGACGAACGGCGUUGUUUUUCCGGAUAGUGGAAACCUAGACUCUGUUUAUGGAUCUGAGAUUUCGAGUUCUUUGACUUACACGCCGAUUUUGACGAAGAAAAUCGACGCCUCGCAGUCGCCGGAGUAUUUCAUCAACGUUAAAGCCAUCAAAGUCGACGGUAACCGCCUCGAUCUGAACAAGUCGCUUCUCGAUUUGGAUGGCGGAAGCGGCGGAGGGACGAGAUUAAGCACGGUUGUUCCAUACACCACACUAGAGAGUUCCAUCUUCAACUCUCUGACGGCGGCUUUCAGAGCAGCAGCGGCGGCGAUGAACAUGAAAGAAGUGGCACCUGUGGCGCCAUUUGAGGCGUGUUUUGAAUCGGAAAACAUGGAGAUGACAGCGACAGGGCCGAAAGUGCCGGAGAUUGAACUGAUUUUGCAGAGCGAAAUGGUGGGAUGGAAAAUUAAUGGAAGAAAUUCCAUGGUGAAGGUGAACGAUGAAACUCUGUGUUUAGGGUUCGUCGACGGUGGAUUGAAGCCAAGAAACGCCGUCGUUUUGGGUGGGUAUCAAAUGGAGGAUAUCGUCCUGGAUUUCGACAUGGGGACUUCCAUGCUCGGAUUUAGCUCCUCUUUGUUGCAGAGGAAGAAAUCUUGCUCGGAAUUUUCGCCGGAAAAUUUACCGAUCAGAGCCGGAUGAUUUGAGCAAGAUAAAACUGAAAUCAGUGGUAAAAUUUUGAGGGCUUUUUUUGUUUAAUUUAAUUUUUUUUUUUUUUGUGGAAAUUAGGAUCUUGCUGUGUA